UUCUCCGCGAAUGCGAACGGUUUAUGUUAAUAGUCUUUCCAAAUGAUCGUGCCGUUUGAUGGGAAAUAGUGAACGGAAAAAUUUCAAGAUUGCGGUUCGUCGGACGAUACUGCGCUUGAAAAUUCCCGGUAACGGAUAGUACAAAAUGAAGCCUUUAAUCGAGUUCGAGGAAUGUUUGCGAGACACGCCAAAGUUUCGAUCCUGCAUCGAGGAAGUAGAGGCAAACGUUGAUCUACUCGAACAAAAAUUAGACAAGGUGUUAAAAAACUGUAGCCAGAUGAUUGACACUGGGAAACUUUUUGUAGGACAGCAAAGCCAAUUUGCCAAUAGCCUGUGGGAGUUAUCUCUGUACUUCAAUGAUGAUUCAGAGAUAAUGGCCUUACUGAACAAACUAAUACAUGCUUUACAAGAAAUGAACAAGUUUCAUACUAUUUUGUUAGAUCAAGCAUCUAGAACUGUAAUUAAAGAUCUGAACUCAUUUAUUAAAAGUGAUAUCAAGAGGGUAAAAGAAUCUCGUCAUUACUUCGAAAAAAUUUCCGCUGAUUUAGAUAUAGCUUUAAACAGAAAUUCACAAGUUCCAAAAUCUAGACCUGCAGAGUAUGAGGAAACUUCUAACAUUCUGUCUGCUACCAGAUCCUGCUUCAGACAUACUGCUUUAGAUUAUAUUCAUUCCUUGACAAUGAUACAAGCACGUAAAAGACACGAAAUAUUGGGUACACUACUUAAUUAUAUGAAUGCCUGUAUUACUUAUUAUCACCAAGGUACUGAUCUGGCCCAAGAUUUAGAUCCGUUUUUAAAAGAUCUAGGGGAGAACAUAAUUAAAAUGAGAGCUGAUUCUGUUAAACUUGAGAAAGAAAUGGAAAACCGACAUAUUUAUGUUACAAAUAGAGACUUAAUACCUUCUCCAAUACCUGGUAAUCCUAAGAUGGAAGGCUACCUCUUUAAGCGGACUAGCAACGCGUUUAAGACUUGGAAUAGAAGGUGGUUUUGUUUAAGAGAUCAUCAGUUGGUGUAUAAAAAAAGAACUGGUGAUAAUGAUUAUACCAUUAUGGAAGAAGAUCUUCGUCUUUGCACUGUGAAACCAGUGGUUGACUGUGAUAGAAGAAACUGCUUUGAAGUAUUAAGUCCUACAAAGAGUCACAUAUUGCAAGCUGAUAGCGAAGAAGCUUAUCUAGCAUGGGUAACUGCCAUGCAACAAGCAAUUGGUGCUGCCAUUCAAGGAAGUAUGGGUGCUGGUACUAUAAUCAGUAUACGAGAGUCACAUUUACACAAUGUUAGAGGAACAAACAGACAACCUUCAAAACUUAAGUCAAGGGUCUGGGAACAAAUCCUAAAAAUUGCAGGAAACGAUACUUGUUGUGAUUGUGGUGGUGCUAAUCCAAGGUGGGCCAGUAUCAACCUUGGAAUUACACUUUGCAUAGAAUGCUCCGGUGUACACCGAAGCUUAGGCGUUCACUACAGCAAAGUUCGUUCCCUUACGUUAGACGACUGGGAGCCAGAAAUAUUAAAAGUAAUGGCAGAGCUAGGAAACACCGUAGUAAAUAACGUUUACGAGGCUCUGCCAAUUCCUUCUAAUGUUAUUAGAGCUACACCAAAAUGCAACGGUAAUAUACGCGAAGCUUGGAUAAGAGCCAAAUACGUAGAUCGUAAAUUCGUGAAGCCUUUAAGCAACAUGAUUUCGUCUGGCCAACACGCGAGCCGUGACAAGAUGCACUUUCGUAAGUGGAGCGUCCGCAAGUUGCGUCGUCGUCCGCGUAGUUGCGACAAGAUCGAUAGUAGUAAUCGUAACAAAACAACGACUCUAUCAUCCGUGAAAGAGGGUCAUCAUUCCACGAGCUCGGAUGACAGCAAGCACACGUCAAUUGAAAGUUUAAGUUCCGUCGAUAAACCGAAGAAAACCGAAAGAAGUUCCUUAAGCUCUGACGACAGCGCGAAUAUAGAUCUGAAGAAUGACUCCACGUUGUACGGGAAAAUCUUAGCACGACCGCGUAGCGAUAUAAAUGAAAGUAACCCCAAGGCCAUUAAUAGUAAUACUGAUUCGAACAUCGAGAACGAGAAUAAACUUCAUGCUUCUGAGAACAAAGACAAUAUAGUAGCCGAGAAUAAUUUGCCGAUGAAUAUCGAAGUGUCCUUAAGCACAGAGAAUUCAGAUACGAAAGAUACCUUAGAGAAUAAAGACGCUGGAACAGAGAAACAGUGCACGGAGAAAGGUGAAUCCGACGUGUUGAUGUUCGGAUGCGAUUUACCAAAGCCAACGAUCGAUAAUAGCUUAGAGUUAAGUUCCGAUCAAGACUCGACUGCCGGCGAAGACGAGGAGUUCACAGAUGAGGAAGACAUCGAGAAUUUGCAUCCUGAGAUGUUGCUUUACAAAGCUGCUGCUGCGCAUAAUCUUCCCGUGAUGUGUGCGGCUUUAGCAGCUGGUGCUGAUAAAUCAUGGACGAAUGUCAACGACAGGGGAAGAAAUGCUCUUCACCAAGCGAUUAUCAGUGGUUCUGUAAUGUCUUGCGAAUAUCUCAUUCUAAAUGGAGCACGCAUCAAUUGCCAAGAUGCCGAUGGUAAAACACCGUUAUACUUGGCUACAGAACUAGGUCAUACUGCCCAAGUAUGUUUGUUAUUAAAACAUCGUGCUGAUCAGCAUAUCCAGGAUGAAAGCGGCGUAAAACCUUUGUCGAUAGCUGUGAAAGAAGCUAACGCGGACAUUGUUACAUUAUUACGACUUGGUCUGUUAAACGAAGAGAUGAAAGAUUCGGAGAUUGGAAUCAGCGGCGAUGAGACUUUUAACGACGUUGUCCGCGAUUUCAGUCAGUUAGCUUGUUCCCAUCCGGAACGAUUGCAACGACGGAACGAGAGCAACAACGCGUCUCAGCCGCCGGAAUGAGGUUUAAGAACGUGCAAAGUUUAUUUGCAAAAUCUAAAAAGCCGGCUACAACGUAAAGAGAAGAAGGAGAAUGGUACAUCGAAAAUAUCGUCUUUCAGUUCCUUGCAGGGUAAUAAAAUUGAUUGUGAGUAAGUACGAGAAAAAGAGUGGUUCCGAAGCUUUACGGUAUGAUUAUUGAACCGAAAGAAAGAAAUAUCGCGGAUGUUGUAUCUUUUUACACCUUUGACCUCUCUGUUCAACAGAAGGUGAUUGAGAAAAAUUUAUUAGUGUUCCAUAUUUGUAUUAAAGAG